UCUCUCCCAACAUGACCAUAGUCUCAAAUGAUCCGACUUGGUGGCCAACCAUCAAUGCAAAUCGUGUCGGAAGCUAUUUUAUGUGUUCGUGAAGAGCAAUCAGAUGUCGAAGCUGACACAAUCCAACCUUGGCUACGUUUUCGCAGUUGCCGCCUUUGUUGGAGUGACGUAUGAUUGCGCGCUUACAUUUGGACAAGAGGUCGAAUUGGUCUGGAGACAACGUUGGUCGCUAAUGACCGUUCUGUAUCUCGGUGUGCGCUACCUUGGAAUCUUAUAUGCUGCCCUGACCAUCCUUCUCGCUGCUCCGACCAUCUCGCUGUCAGAUACAGUGAGCUGGAUCGUGUACGUCGUACAGAAUUCAACGGGUGUUUUUGUAUUUGCGAUGCUAUUUGUCAUCAUCAUCACUCGGUUGCAUGCUAUGUAUCAAGGAUCCCGAAAGAUCCUGAUAUUUCUCGUUGCCACCUUCUUGGCUAUCAACAUAUUCGACGCAGUGGUACUCAUAAUGACAACGAUAAAUACUUCAGGGGAGGAAUUCAUUCUAUCUGGCACUUAUCAGUGCCAGAUUAACUAUCCGGAUGAUAUCUCACUUCUGAAUUCCACUACUUGGAUACUCGGAACUGUGUGGGAGGUCCUCGCACUAUGUCUCGCAGGUUGGAUUGCUGUAAAACACUUCCGUGAGCUGCGACGUUAUUCGGCAGAAGGGAUUAUCGGGGACUGUUUUUCGGUGUUGAUCAAAACACACAUGGUUUACUUUGCCAGCUUUGUUGCUGUUUCUGGCUUCAACCUCAUUGUUGAUUUAUCUCCAUCACUUCUAACGAGCCAAAAUUUUCUAGAAGCUCAGGCUCUUAUGGGCUCGCUUCAGAUUUUGACAGUCGUGCAGGCGUUUGUGCUGGGACCACGCCUGAUUCUUGGCGUUCGAGAAUACCACGCUAAGCUCAUGGCCGACUCUGACGCAGCAUCUGGUAUGACCUCAAUCGCUUUUCAGGAGCGCGUGCAUGUAUCGACUAGCAGUAGUGUAUGACACACGAAAUGUUAAUGGUUGUCUGGUGCUCUGCAAUAAGCAGGAAAUUUUGUUUUUUGU